AUGGAUGGAUUGGUGAAUUUUUUGUUCUAUCAUUUGCGCCGCAUAUGCGGGGCCAUACGGUACGACCCCAUGGCAACCGACAGCAGCAGCAGCAGCACCAGCCCUGCGGAAGGUGGCACUUUGAGCAGCGAGAGCGGCAGGGACAACAGCAGUGGUGGUACAAGGGCGGAGGUGGAGGUGGUGCAGCUGACGGAGGAGGAGCAGCAGGACAACAGCAACGGGCGCAACGUGGACGAUGCAAUCAUCGACCUCUUCUCCCUCGCCCUCUUCUCCCACUCCCUCCUCCUCUCUCCCACCUCCACCUUCGGCUACCUCAUUGCUGCCCUCGCCCCCCACACCCCGGCCCGCUUUGCCUCCUCCUCCUGCCCCCCUUGCCCCCCAGAGCCGUGCUACCACCACCCCCCCACCCAGGGUCAGUGCCCUGACGGCCAGCCACUGCUGCUGGAGCGUGCCCUGGCUGCGGUGCCCCACCUGCCUCUCAUGCGCUGUGCUGACCUCUCACCGGGGCUCGCAGUCAACACUGCUGCUGCUCUUGCUGUUGAUUCUGGAUUCGUUUUUGUUGCUUCAUUGUUGGGUUGGGGAUGGCGAGAGAAGUAG